AAGGCAGCAGGAGCAGAGAGCAGCCAUUGCUGUGUCUGGCAGCAGGAAUACACAGUAGUGAAGAAGACGCCCAGCUAUCCCCACAUGUCAGGAGGACAUAGGAGGACCCAGAGCCCCAUCCCGGUGCCUCCACCUCACUCACUGAUACAUGAGGGAGACAAUGACCAGAAGAUCCUGGAACUCACCAACAAGAUCAUUCAGCUGCUGACUGGAGAGGAGGUGGAGUAUAUAGAGGAACACAGGGGUCUGUACAAGGACGUGAUGAUGGAGAAUCACCGGCCCCUCACAUCACUGGAUGGGCCCAGUAACAGAGAUACCCCAGAGAGAUGUCCCCGUCCUCUGUAUUCCCAGGACUGUACAGAGGAGAAUCACAGGAUCCCACAGGAGGAUCAGGUAGAACAUCUGUCUGAUAUUAAAACAGAAGAUGCAGAGGGAGAAGAAGAGACGUAUGUGACUGAUAUAGAGGGAGAAGAAGAGACGUAUGUGACUGAUAUAAAGGCAGAAGAUACAGAGGGAGAAGAAGAGAUGUAUGUGACUGAUAUAAAGGCAGAAGAUAUAGAGGGAGAAGAAGAGACGUAUGUGACUGAUAUAAAGGCAGAAGAUAUAGAGGGAGAAGAAGAGACGUAUGUGACUGAUAUAAAGGCAGAAGAUACAGAGGGAGAAGAAGAGACGCAUGUGAGUGGUGAUCAGCAGUGUAAGGAGGAGGAGAUCCCUACAGAUAUCAGCACAGAUGGACACACAAGCAGAAAUAUCUCAGAAGGACAUCUAAUGUUAUCCCCGGAUUGUGACAUAAAAGAUAAUGACAGUAGACAGGAUUCUCCAGGAGAUAACCCCAUUACCCCAAUUAUACAUCCAGCUCUAUCAGCUGGUCCCCCUGAUCCUGCAAAAUAUUCUCCUGAUCACUCUGAUAUUGGUGCAUCUGUUACAGCUCUGAGAGUAGAUACAGAGUUUCCAUGUGCUAUAGAUGCCAAAUGUUUUACACAGAACACAAAGCCUAUUAACCCACAGACAGGUAAGACAAGUGAGAGGCCAUUUCUAUGUUCUGAGUGUGGGAAAUGUUUUAUAUACAAAUCAAAUCUUAUUAAACAUCGGAGAUAUCACAUAGGUGAGAAGCCAUUUCCAUGUUCUGAGUGUGGGAAAUGUUUUGCACACAAAUCAGAUAAUAAUAGACAUCAGAGAAGUCACACAGGUGAGAAGCCAUUUCCAUGUUCUGAGUGUGGGAAAUGUUUUGCACGGAGAUCGGAUCUUGCACAUCAGAGAAGUCACACAGGUGAUAAGCCAUUUGCAUGUUCUGAGUGUGGGAAAUGUUUUGCAUACAAAUCAGUUCUUACUAGACAUCAGAGAAGUCACACAGGUGAGAAGCCAUUUCCAUGUUCUGAGUGUGGGAAAUGUUUUGCACACAAACUAAAUCUUAUUAUACAUCAGCGAAGUCACACAGGUGAGAAGCCAUUUCCAUGUUCUGAGUGUGGGAAAUGUUUUGCACACAAAUCAGAUCUUAUUAAACAUGAGAGAAGUCACACAAGUGAGAGGCCAUGUUCUGAGUGUGGGAAAUGUUUUGCACACAAAUCAGAUAAUAAUAGACAUCAGAGAAGUCACACAGGUGAGAAGCCAUUUCCAUGUUCUGAGUGUGGGAAAUGUUUUGCACAGAAAUCACAUCUUGUUGAACAUCAGAGAAGUCACACAGGUGUAAAGCCAUUUCCAUGUUCUGAGUGUGGAAAAUGUUUUAUCCAGAAAUCACAUCUUAUUAAACAUGAGAGAAGUCACACAGGCGAGAAGCCAUUUUCUUGCUAUGAGUGUGGGAAAUGUUUUACCUGGAAAUCACAACUUGUUACACAUCAGCGAAGUCACAGGUGAGAAGCCAUUUCCAUGUUCUGAGUGUGGGAAAUGUUUUGCACACAAAUCAGAUCUUAUUAAACAUGAGAAGUCACACAAGUGAGAGGCCAUGUUCUUGCUCUGAGUGUGUGAAAUGUUUUACAUAGCAAUCACAACUUGUUACACUUCAGCGAAGUCACAGGUGAGAGGCCAUUUCCAUACUCUAAAAAUAAAUCAGCACAAUAGACAUCACUCAGGUGAGAAACCAUCUUCUAUAUUAUACUUAUUGCCAUGCGUCGUUGUUCAAGGUUCUUCUCCUAUGCUUUUUGCAAUAUGCAUGCUACCGCAGUGUGAAAUAAUCAGAUGUCAUGCCCUCAUCUACCACUGCUAUGCAGAUGACUUGUCUUUUGCUCCAGGUACUGAGAACCCAGUACCAAUCCUAAAUGGUUGUCUAGCUGAGCUCCAGGUGUGGCUGAUGCCAGUUGGCUGUAUCUCAGUCCUGGUGAAACAGGUCCUUAUGAUAGAAGCUCACCAACAAAGGGCAGGUCUACAGCUUAGCUUUGUUACCAACCAGACAUACGCUUGGGGGUUCAGAGUUACAAAAUGCUGAUCCUGUGCGGAAUCUUGGUGUCCUGGAUAGUGGAGUGACAUUUAAACAUCAGGUAUCAGCCACAAUCAGAUCCUCAUCUGAGGAACAUAGCUAGACUCCAGCACUUAUUUCCCUCAGAAGAUCUACCUGCAGUCAUACAUGCACUUGUAUCAUCACGCAUAGACUACUGCAAUGUCCUCUACGUGGGUCUCCCAGCAAAAAAAUUGCACCGCUUGUAGCUUGUACAGAAUGCAGCAGCCAGGCUGUUACCUAACCAGCCCGUUCCUGCCACAUAACACCCAUUCUCUACUCCCUUCCCCGGCUGCCUGUAAGAUGGUGACUCUAUUACAUAAUCUUACUGACUCUCCCAGCCCUACAUGACCAGGGUCACUGGUACCAGAAGCAGCUUCUUUCUGCCUCUUUACUGCCUGGUUACUUCCAUCUGCAGAUGCUGGACUAUUACCAGCAGUACCAAGAAUCCCCAAGCAUUUCUGAGAUGGAAGUGGGGGAAACAGGGUGGGUGGCACUAGUGCUGUAGCGGGGGCUGCCAGAGGCAGUGUCUGUGGGUAAUAUUGUCCCCAAGCAGUGCUGAGGUGGAAGAGGGGGGCACAGGGUGGCGAGCAG